AUGGCAACUUCAAACUCCUUUCACGGCGAGAAUUCGGGGAUACAAGUUGGGCAGAACUACGGCAAUAUCACUUUCUCGUCGCCCACUUUGAACAAUAAGUAUCCCUACCUGUCGAACUUCCACUUGUUGGACUAUCAGAAUUCUUUCUUUCGCGUGGCAGAAAGACAUCCAGAAACCUGCUUGUGGCUUACUGAUGAUCCCAUUUUCAACCAAUGGCGAAAGGGCACUGGCGAGAAUUAUCUCUGGACGUAUGGCCACCCAGGUACUGGGAAGUCUGUCCUUGCAAAAUACGUGUUUCAAGUUUUGACAGACGGGCACCGAAAAAGGGACUUGUCCAAACGCUCAAAUGGUACAGCUCCAGAAUCUUUGGCAUGCUAUUUUUUUUGUUUCGAGGACGACGAUCGAGCCAAGUCUCCUAGGCACCUGGUUGCUUCGAUUAUUCACCAGCUACUCCGUCAGGAUCCUUCACUAGCAAAAGAACUGGACGAGACAUACCCAAAUAUCACUCCUAGAGAGACCGAAUCAUUGUGGACUCUUUGGGAUAUUCUGUCACUUAUCUUGAAGGCAUUGGGCCCUCGUCGUCUAUUUAUUGUGAUUGAUGCACUAGACGAAAUGGACAAGACUUUACGAAAAGCCUUUUUGCAACGGCUCCGCCAAGUGGUUCAUCCCGAUAUGCAUAAUGUUCGGAUCUUUGUUACUAGUCGGAAGGAGACUGAUCUGGAAAGUAUUUUUGUCACCUGGGAUAUUACAUCUCUUGGAAUGGGAGACUCAAGAGAGAAUCACAAUGAUCUGUCUUCUUUUCUCAAGGACACCAUUCGAGACUAUGCCAAAGAGAACAAUUUCAACAAAAAGACUGUCAGCUUGAUCUACCGUGAGAUAUUUUCUCGCGCUGAUGGGAUGUUCAUGUGGGCUGUUCUUGCUUGGAACAACUUCACUGAUGGGGUGGGCCUCUGGACAGACGAAAUGAUCUCGGAAAGAAUCGCGGAUAUGCAGAGGCUUCCACCCGGGAUGGAACACCUCUAUCACCACUUACUUCUUACUGUUGACGAAAGAUUGCGACCGGAAUUAAUGCACCUUCUACAGUGGAUCGUUGCAGCACGAAGGCCGCUCAGUACCAUGGAGAUAUCUAUUGCUCUAGCAUUGGUAGGGAGGCCUCAAAGUUCAGCAGAUAUCAAGAAGAGGCUCUCGAUUGCAGCUUUCUUGAAACGUACUUGCCCAAACUUACUUCAGGUUGACGACAAGGGGAUUGUGACCAUAGUCCACCAGUCGUUCAAAGACUUUUUGCUGGGGGUUCGCGAGGUCAAGGGCGAGCCAAACAUAUUCUUUUUGGAUUUGAAACCCAUCAAUCUUCAAAUAGCAAAGGAUUGCAUGCUUUACAUGGGUCUUAGUGACAUCUCUCUUGUGAAAGAUGGCCCAUGGGUGGUGGAAAAGCUAGAAGUGCCGCACGAAGCCUCCGCCGCAGACGAUCGCCGAGCGCGCCGUGCACAUGCCCGUCGUGCGCGUGCGCGUCUAGAAAGAUUUCUGGAACAAUACCCAUUCAUUGACUAUGCUGCCAAUGGGUGGGCAUUCCACCUUAAAGGACUAGAUGAUGAUUACGAGUUUUAUCCAUUGUUCAAGCGGGUCGUCGCCCAAAGCAGGAAUUUUCAGGUGCUCAACAAUUUACCAAAUGAGUUCACACCGGCCGACAUCAAAAGACCACCAAUCUGGGUGGCAUUUAAGUACGGGUUAUUGAAUCUUAUGAAGCAUUUAGUUGAAGAUGGACACGAUAUCAAUGAGCCUCUCGAUGGCUGUCAUAUCAUUCAUAUGCUUGGUUUCAACGAUGUGCUGAUACACUCAUGGCGGAUUUGGUGGGAGGUUUGUUAUCUGAAAGAAGCAAAGCUCGCCGAGAGAAUGAAAGUGCUUGAACAAUUGCUCUCUAUGGGGUUAGAUAUCAAUGGCCGAAACUCAAGUGGAACUACCGUUCUUUCAAGUCUAGUUGUGGAAGCCAACUACGGAAGAGCCACCAAAUAUUGCUCUAGUAUGGGAAUCGAAGCGAACUCUCCAGAUGAAGCAUUGACAAGUAGCGUGAGAAUGUGGUUGAGUAUACCUCGCGUGGAUAUCAACGCAAAGAAUCGAUGGGGCGCAACUGCACUCCACGAGGCCGCACGCCACAUCGCUCCCAUUGCCAAGGCUUUUAUAGAGAUCCUCAUAUCCCAACCUGAUAUCGAUCUCAAUCCCGAAGACGAGCUAGGGCGCACACCACUAAAUGUGGCAAUUCAUUGGGGAAAGCAAGAGACAACGCUCCUGCUCAUGACGAUCCCUGGUGUAAUAAUCGAUUCUUCCUUGACAAUACAGGGCGAGAGCCCCCUCAUCAACGCCGCCCGUCAAGGCUGGCCAGAACUUGUGUUGUCAAUGCUCCGUCGUUUGACGAGCGAUGAAAUCGAAAAACACUUAGAUCUUCACAAGCGGAACAUACUGCAUUGGACGAUUACGGCUGGGAUGAUAGAUGCUUCAUUUCUGGCGAUUCGUAAGAAUCCGACAAUAGUUUCGGCCACCGAUACGCGAGGUAUCACACCCCUUCACCUCGCAGCUCAGGCUGGCCAGGACCAAAUAGCCAAGGCCCUUUUGGUAUAUGGCGCCAGCCCAACACAUCAGACCCGAUUCGGCGAAACUCCCCUCCACAUGGCGGCUGCGGAGGGACACAUGAGAGUCCUCAAAAGAUUGAUAAAAAAGCUCCCGAUGCCUUCGGAAAUUAAUAGGAAAGAUAUCAUGGGCUGGACAGUCACCCAUCGCGCUGUUAUCUCGGGCAACGAAGAUCUUCAGAGGUUUCUUGUUUCGCUGCCAGAAGUAGAUCUCAAAAAACCCGACCGUCACGGGCGUACGCCUAUCGCCUUCGCUGCCUCUCUCGCUUCAUUCAACACGUUAGAAAUAUUCCUUCAAUCCCGACCUAACGACAUUAACUUCAUCGACGAAUUCGGUAACACCCUGCUUCAUUUAGCGGCUAAAGGGAACAACGAGUCCACAAUUCCAUUCCUUCUCGCUGCGAUAGGACGCAAAGGAAAUAGAUUCAAUGACUGGGGACAGACUGCCCUCGACUUACUUCCCAUGGAAUCUCCUCUGCGAGCGAAGCUUAUAUUAUCCGGCCUAGUUCACUCAGCGGACUUCUUCAACAGGAAGCCGCACUGUUGUUUUGGUGACAUACGUCCAAAGACACCCAAGGUUCACUAUGAUUGGAUGAUAACAAAACAACAACUGGUAGAAUAUCCGCCGAGCCCGCCGAUCUAUCAUCCUGCCGCCAAUUUUGAAAGUGCUAAGUAG